UCAUUUUUCUCUUUAGAAUAGAAAAUAUAUAAACUUGUCUCGUGUUAUUCGGCAAAGAUGAAAUUUCUGCUGUUGGUGAUUCUUGCCAUCUCAACUCAUCUGGCGCAAGCCCACCUGAGAUUAACUGCUGAAGAAGAAGAGGCCAACUUUGUGGUUUUUGUGGAAGCCGGGAUGACAGCAAAUCCAACCUUGGCUGAGGGUGAUGGCGACUAUUACAGUGCAUACCUUGGGGUUCUCCUGUCACUCAAGCAAGGCUACUCGCAGAGUGAUGGCUUCGGAGCCUCACGGACUUUGACAUUCGUUAUUGAUUAUAAUCUUCCCACCCAGUUCCGCCAAGCCGUAACCGGGUGCCAUUCAGGACCUUGGUUCUGGUGGCGCUUUGUGACUCUUUUGCAUGUGUGGAGCCCGAGCAAGGAUGCUACGCUCGGGUCUCGCCACGCACUCUCUCAACCCCACAAAGUCCCCCCCUUUAGAUGCCAACGGCGGAUGGCUGGAGGGAUCCAAAGGACCCUGAAGUCGGGGUUGCAGAGAUGUCGCUGCUCCGCAGGGGCCUGGGAGGGCGGGUUGGAUCGGCCAGCAAGGGGGCGCAGCGUCUGA